UCACCGUUCUUGAAACCCUAUAAAAGCACACCAUCUCUACGCCUUAAGCCUCACCACCCUCACAAUUGUUCUAGUACUUAUUGACUCCAAGUACAAUAAAUACUAGAAAAUUAGAGGUUUCUCUUACUUCUAGGGUUUCAGAGAAAAUGGCUUCCAGAAGCACUGCCUCACUUGCUCUCUUCCUGGCACUCAAUCUCCUCUUCUUCACCAUGGUUGCUAAUGCCUGCAACACAUGCCCUCAGCCGAAGCCAAGGCCGAAUCCAAGGCCGAAUCCAAAUCCCAAUCCCAAUCCCAAUCCCAAUCCCAAUCCCAAUCCCAAUCCCAAUCCGAAUCCCAAUCCGAAUCCGAAUCCAAACCCCACCCCAUCCAGGGCUACUUGCCCUAGGGAUACCCUAAAAUUGGGGGUUUGUGCUAAUGUCCUCAACGGGUUGCUUAACCUCACCAUUGGCAGACCUCCAGUUAGACCUUGCUGCGCUCUCAUCCAAGGCCUUGCUGACCUUGAAGCUGCUGUAUGCCUCUGCACUGCCAUCAGAGCCAACAUUCUGGGCAUCAACCUCAACAUUCCGAUUUCUCUCAGCUUGCUACUUAAUGUCUGUGGAAACCAGGUCCCAAGAGGGUUCCAAUGUGCCUAGAAUUAAAGGAAAAAUAAGUAUCAUUUUCUUAAUUAAAUCUCCUCUCUAUAUAUUGUUUCGCUUGAUUUCUUGUUAAACAGAGUGUGCUACUGUUCUGUAAGGUGUGAGACUGUGAGUAGUAUGUGGGAUAAUUAAUUCUCGUUUCCCUGGAUUGGUGGGUUUUCUUGAUUAUGAGAAGUGUUUAGUAAAUAAGUUUCAGUUGCUAUUGUUUACUACUAUGUAAUCAUAUCAGGGAUGAAAUAUAAAAGUUAUCAUUUAUUUAA